CGGGCUGGAGUCCGCGGGCGGGUGAACGGUCGGGAGACGGAGGAGUUCAGCAGCGUUAGGAGGGCCGCAAGCUCCCCAUCCCUUGGGGUUUGCAGAAUCCCACGGAACCUUAAACCGGCCUCGGCUUUCCUUACCCCACUCUUAUCUCACAGCCCGUGGCAUAGCCCUGGUCAAGACGACGCUACCCUAUUUGGCCGCGUUUAUGUGUUGCUCUGCGGCUCGAAAACGUGCAGAACGGCUCUCGGAAGGGUCAGAACAAUUAUUGUAUAUAUAUAAAAACCUGAACAGACAGGAGAGCAGCUGGAACAUGAGGGAAGAGGACUUGACUAGGAGGAUGUCUUACACAUAUUUUGAAAAUGUCGUAUAUGCUUCCACAUUUACACAAUGGCUGGCAAGUAGACCAGGCCAUUCUUUCAGAAGAAGACCGUGUGGUGGUCAUUCGUUUUGGGCAUGACUGGGAUCCAACAUGUAUGAAAAUGGACGAAGUUUUAUAUAGUAUUGCUGAGAAGGUGAAAAAUUUUGCUGUUAUUUAUCUUGUGGAUAUCACCGAAGUACCAGACUUCAACAAGAUGUAUGAACUGUACGAUCCCUGUACAGUCAUGUUUUUCUUCAGAAACAAGCACAUAAUGAUUGAUUUAGGCACUGGUAACAACAACAAAAUUAACUGGGCAAUGGAGGACAAACAAGAGAUGAUUGACAUCAUAGAAACAGUUUAUAGAGGAGCACGUAAAGGUAGAGGUCUUGUUGUAUCACCCAAGGACUACUCAACCAAAUACAGAUAUUGAUUAUUUUAUCAUUUUACUACGUCUACUUCUGGAGCUUCGUAAACUCAAACUUUGUAAAGUGUUCUUUCUUGCUUUCGUCUCCAUUGUGAAUAUAUUUUUGAAUUUAUGUAAAUAUGUUAUCUUAUUUUUUAUGCAAAAAAAAAUCUUACUUGAUUUUAGAAAUAAAGUAUGUCUUUUACACAUAAA